AUGGCGCGUACAAAGCUCACAGCACCCGGGACUCCACCAAACCACAGUCGAUUAGGCCGACGCAAAAGAGCACGAGUGGACUCGGACGAAAGUGAUGUCCACAAAUUUAAUCAGCCACAUCAUGCUGAACCACAAACAAUUGCGACCAGCGCAGCUCAGGCUGUCCUUUCAUGGGCUGCUACUGUCUCUCGAAUAGAAGCGGAGGAGAUGAGCUCUCAGAUAGAGCGAUACAAACAUUGGAAAAGAGCCGGGUCACACCAUGAAACAAGCUGCCGUGUCUGUCUACAGGAUGGCGCUCUUUAUCCAUGUGCUACCUGCAGUUUGGCAUUCCACACGAAAUGUGUGCCGCCAGGCUCUUUAGAUGAACCAGAGACUUUAUAUUGUUCUAUUUGCGUUCGACGUGGAUGGAACCAUUCCCCUCCAGAACUGACGCCACCCGCUUCCCCGGUCCCUAGCCCUAUCAAGCAGGCCUCGGUGUCGACGACUUUGAAACCAGCGGCGUCAUCUUCCACAGCGUUGUCGGUUCCUCGUACCGCUACUCAUCAAGGCGAAGAGUCCACGCAAACAUUACCGACGCAGACUCCACCAGAAGGCUCUAAUGAUGUCCUGCGUGCUUCGAACGACCCCAACAAUACCCAAAGCACACCUACUACAAAUGCAGCUUCAUCGGUCGGCGCUGCUCGUGACAUCGACGACUCUGCAUCAACAGACUCUCGGCCACGUCGCAAAAGAAAUUCUCGAUUCGCCACCUUACCAAGCGAUGUUGAUCAUUCCCUCGCAAUCAUUUACAGCGAGCUUGAAUCAGUCGCAACCCUCAAAGCGGAGAUACAAGCACUGAAAGGCCAGAAUACUCAAAGCAACCAGACGAUCAGGAUGCGUGACAACACUAUCGCCAUACUCCGCAGAGAUCUUGAUAAACAACGGUCUGAGAAUGCAGAGUUAGUCCAGCUGAGAGCCAACAUCGCAGAACAGGGCUCUGCCAAAGAGGAGCUUGAAGAACUCCGGGUCAGAAAUGUUGCCUUGGAGUCCGAACUACGGGAUUCAAAGACCCAGACCGCUGCAGCGCAGGAACUGGUGGAUGAUUGGAAAGGAAAACUUGCGCAGUUGCUCAAAUCAUAG